CGGUAUAAUAAAUAAUAAUGUUCUAUCCUUUAAUUGUAGCAUAGUAUCGAUUAAAUCCAGGGUUGUCUCUUAUGUUUUCGAGACAGCAUUAAAUAAAGAAAUGUUGUCAGUGAUUCAAGUCAAGUCAAAUAAUGUUGUUCUCUUUAUACUUUUCACAAAAAAGCAUAAGUGUUACUUGCUCUCUUUUGACGAUAGUCAUAUCUUUCCUGACAACAGGGCAAGGUGUGGUUGGUUUUGUGACUAUUAUUUAAUCCUGCGUAUGUACUUUUUUGAUAAUUUGGUAUUUUUUUUUUCUUACGAAAACUAAACAAUGUCGAACCAACAACGAUGGCAAGAUAAAUCUGGAGGUCGAUUCUCUAAUUUAAAAUCGCCUAGAAAAAGUAUAUUACGAGCAUCAGAAUCACCAGCAAGAUUUAAUUCGCCUUUAUAUUCACAAGAUCAAGGCCUCGAAGAAAGAAGAGUUAGUUUUGCUCCAGAUGCCAACCUCAGAUUAUUUAAUCAAACAGACUCUCCCAGCACAUCUGCCAGAUUCAUGAGCAACAUGGUGACUGAAGAAUUACACUUUACAGACAGUAUACAGGAUAUAUUCGAGGAAAAUGAGCCGUCUUUACUACAUGCUGAUAUCAUGGACUCCCCCGCAAGUCGAAGGGCGUCCGAAUCUCCAUCCGAUCGUAGAAAGAGGUAUUUCUUUAUAUAUAUUUCAUUGAUGAGGUGUAUGCUAACUAUACAAAGACGGCCUGAUCUGUUUGGUAGCCCAUUGGCACAUCCUAAAAGUCCUAAUGUGAAAGUGACAGGAGUACCACCCACUCUCUUAAACAGGGUCAACCAAGGUGAUCUAACUGAUUAUUUGCCAGGAUUAACAGGUUCGACUAUCAAACGAAAAAUUAAUAUUUUCGAUGAGGAUGACGAUGAAGAUGAGGAGGAUUCUCGACUUAAUAGCAUGGAUAAUACGCGAGAUAACUAUCGAUUUUCUACCCAUACUCACAUCCAUAAGAGAAUCCAUACCCAGGAAAAUAUCAACGACAAUAGAAUUCAAUCACAGGAAGAAGAGGAUAUGGAACUUACCCAAAACAGUACACAGGAUAAUACUACUAGAGAUUAUACGCAUACCUAUCCACACAACAGAACUGAUUCACAAGAUAAAACAAUUCACUCACAACAGGGAGAGGAGGAGGAGGAAGAAGAUAUGGAAAUUACCCAAAGAAAUUCACAACGAAGUGACAUGGAAAUUACCCAAGAACCUCGCAUGGAAAAUACACAAAACAGUGAUAUGUUUAUUACCGAAAGAUCAGCUUUUAUUGAUAGACACAAGAGAGAUAUCCCCGUAGCACAUAAUUAUACUCAGGACUUUACAGAUGGCGACAGUAUGGUGAUCACUCAAGAGUUUACACGAAAUAUCACUACACGGGUAUCACCACCUAGAUCUCCUUCGAUAUCGCCUAUAAGAUCACCUCUUAGAACACCGGAGAGAUCGCCAAUUAAAUCAACACAUUCACCAUUGUUUGGAACACCACAUAAAUCAUCAUUGGGAUCACCACAUGUAUCGCUUUUUGGUACACCGUCAGAAUCCUCGCAAAGAUCUCCUUUUGGGACACCAUUGGGAGCACAUGUAUCACCCAACAUUCGAACCCCUCAAAGAGCCCAAUCAGGAACACCACAAAGAAACUUGACAUCCCAAAGAACUCCUAUAGUAGGAUCACCACUCAGGACAGAGACGUUACAAAAAACACCUCUAGGAACCCCACGAAGAACCCCUUUACAAAGCCCUCAAAGAUCCACACCACAGAGAACACCUCUUCAAGUGAUACAAAGAACUCCAACAAGAAGCUCGUUCCUUGGUUCGCCUGCUGGAUCAACCCAAAGACGUCGAAUUUCCGAAUUUUCGCCCAGAUCGUUUUACGAGAGAAGCCCAUUUUCUGAACGUAACGAGUCUCUGCAUGAUGUUCAUGAUGCAUAUUCGCCCCAUUUUUAUGACCCCAAAGAUGAUAUUUCUAUCAGACAACGCAAAAUGACGUUAUCGGAAUACCUGUCUCAUGCCGGGAUUACAUUUCCUGAUGAUUUGCCGGUCGAAAAAGACGAAUCCAACCACGGUGACGAGAAUGAUGUACCAGACAAUCAAGAAACGACUUUCGAAUCAUUGCCAAUCUUACCUGAACUUUAUCUCUAUCAAGAGGCCUGCGAUCAAUUGAUUGUAUCGAUAAAAAAUAGCGACGAUAUUAUCGAUAAGAUUGAUCGGGAAGUCAGUACGACCAACCCACAACUCUUUGUGGAAUUUAUGGAUGCCAACGUCUCCUCGCAAAUGAAAAUUUCUCAGCAGUUGAGGGAUAUUAAGAAAUACAGCUUGCUUAAAUCGGAACGAGAAUGGAUCUCUCUGUGGACCGAGAAAUUAAAGGAGUUUCCGAGUGUAUUGAAGGAUUACCAGGCUAUAUUGGAUCAGUACCACGACUUGCAAGUUAUUCAAGCUCAAAAGUUGGGAAAAAUUGAAAGGUACAAACAAGGUUUAAGUGUCGAUUUGCAGAAUUACCGUCAAAGAGAACAAGACAAUCAAUCAAUUGAUCACCAAAAGAUGUCAGAACUAAAGAAAGAAAUUGAAUACCAAGGGUCUUUUUACAAUGAGUUGAAGAAUUCAGUAAACAGUUUAAAUGACCGCGAUCAACAAUUAUCUGAAGAAGAUAAGGCUCUGGAUGAUGAAAUUAAACAAUUGAAUGAGUCACUCAAAGAGGCAGAAUUGGCAACCGAGAAAACAUCCAACAUCACUGUCAAAGACUUGGUCUAUGCGAAAAACGACUACCAAGAGUAUUCAGAAUUAUUCAGAUGGAAAUUAAAAAGAAAUGACGAGCAAGUGUUACACGUAGAAAUUGGCCGAGGCAUUGAUAUCCUGAUUGAUCUGGAAAAACUAUCGCAUCGCUCUUCAGAUGCUGUGACUUGGCAAAUAGCAAGUAGUUUAGCUGAUGAUUUGGGACCUAUUGUUGAGCUAUUGCAUGGUUUUGACAUCAUUGCUCAAAACAGGUCGGAUCCAAAAGAGAUUCUGCAAGAUAUGGAAUUCUAUUGGAGCUCAGUGGAGAUUAUUAAACGACAACUUGAUCGCGCAACUGCAAGAAGCUGGACUAAACUUACGACACUCGAAGAUCCUUCGGAUUCAUUAAUGGCUGGUUUUAAAUACGAUAUUUGUCUAUUUAGUUUUGAAGAAAAAUUAAGGAUAGAAAUCAGUUUUGAGAUAAAAGUCAAGGAUGUUUUUAAUUUUCCUGCCAUCGACUUUCAAACCUUGUCUUUAAAAGUUCGCUAUGGAAAUGUCGAGCGUGACACUAUGGAAAAUUUAAUCGUUCAAGAAUUUACAGAAAAUGGCAUCAUUGGUCUAGAUCAAGGACUUAAGAACAUUCUUGCGAAGGCUUCAGAUUUGCAACGAACAAAUUCAUAACUUUACUAAUCUCCUCCAAGAAAGCAUGUAUUAAAAAUUGGCAUUUAUUAAGUAAUUCAUCCACGUUGCAUUUGACAUGUGUAGUUUGCAUAUAAAAAAAAAUGGGGCCCAAUCAAACAGUUUCAUAUGGAGUGAGACCUUUUGGCUUGUAU